AUACCCUGAUUUCCGUGGGACUGGGAAGCGAAAGAGGAGGGUGCUGGGUCUUUCAGGAACUGAGGAAACAAGCACAAACAGGGUUAUUUAACAAAUUCACAACUUCAUAGACACGUUGGCGACCCUUAAAAUCGUCGGAAUAAGUUUCACGCUACUUUUCUGCGCUUGUUUCGGCACUCCACGGUGCUCUCGCUGGAUUAUUUCCCUAAAGUCUGGAGGAGGGCUGCGAGUUUUUCGGAGAAGCCUGGAAGCAGUUUGAGGUUUGAAGGGCUGUGGCCAUGGCCGGGGGUGGUGGAGGUGGAGGAGGCGGAGGGGUUUCUCCAUUGGGGCCAGCACCGCCGAUGUGGUAUCACCGGGACCUGAGUCGCGCGGCGGCCGAGGAGCUGCUGGCCCGGGCCGGGAGGGACGGCAGCUUCCUGGUGCGGGACAGCGAGAGUGUCAACGGGGCUUACGCUUUGUGUGUACUGUUUCAGAAGCACGUCCACACAUACAGAGUCCUCCCAGACGAUGAAGGAUUUCUGGCUGUUCAGACGUCUCAGGGUGUGCAGCCUAAGCGGUUUAAGACGUUACCAGAGUUGGUGUCGUUGUACCUGCAGCCCAGCCAGGGUCUGGUCACCACGCUGCUAUAUACUGUGGACAGAGAGGAAACAGCUGUCAGCGACGACAGGGACUACUCAGAUGGGGAGGAUGAGAAGCCACCCCUCCCCCCUCGCUCUGCCUCCACCUCCACUCCCCCUGGUCCAGACACACCCACAGAGAGCACUCCAGCAGCUAAUGGCCUGAGCACCAUUUCCCAACCGAGACCUGAAGGCCAGCUAUGGCUCUAUGACCUGGAGGCAGUCAAACAGGGAGCCUCCUCUCUGCCUCACCUCAACAGACUCUAGUUUCCUCAUGUCAAACGCCUUAAUGGGGAGGUGGAUAAGGUUCUGUCUGGCCUGGAGAUCCUGUCUAAAGUGUUUGAUCAGCAGAGUGCUUUCCAUGGUGUCCAGAUGACCAGCAGUAACACAUGUUCACCCCUCUGUAUAUCUGUGGCUCUGAGAGAGCUCCUGCAGGACAUGAGUCCGUCCUCCACUUGCCCCCCCUUGCCUCCUCUCACCAUUGCCGGUCACAGCAAAAGCCAUCCCUCGUGCAAGAGCCUUUUCGAAGCCUGUCGGGGUUCUCUGCCUCGUGUCAGUCCCAUCCUCGGAGUCGGACAGGAGGAAUCCAGAGGCAUCCUCUUCGUCCUCCGUAUAGUCCAACUCCAGGACAUCUUCUGCGGGCGAGACCAUGGUGAGGUCCAGCCGGGAGCCCCAGCUUGUCCUAUUCUUCUCUGGUGUGAGAAGAAAGAAAAAAGCGUCCUCACUAUCGUGAUGUCGGUAGCGAGGAAGGCUCUGAAAGCUCUGCAGGACAUGAGUCUGUCCUCUCCUUGCUCCCUUCCUCCUCUCUCCAUGCGUCACAGCAAAGCCAUCCCUGUGCAGGCUUUCGAGGUAAAGCUGGAUGUCUACCUGGCGGAGCUGACAAAAAUAGGAAAGAGUCAGAAGUACACUCUGUCAGUGGACGUGGAGGGAGGACGGCUGGUAGUGAUGAAGAAGGUGAAGGACAGCCAGGAGGACUGGACCACCUUCACACAUGACAAAAUCCGUCAGCUGAUCAAGUCUCAGCGCGUGCAGAAUAAACUGGGCAUUGUUUUUGAGAAGGAGAAGGACAAGAGCCAGAGGAAAGACUUCAUCUUUGCCAGUGCCAAGAAGCGGGAGGCAUUUUGCCAGCUGCUGCAGCUGAUGAAGAACAAACAUUCCAACCAAGACGAGCCAGACAUGAUUUCCAUCUUCAUUGGCACCUGGAAUAUGGGCUCAGUGCCCGCUCCGAAGUCUCAGGCCUCGUGGGUGUUGUGUCGCGGCCUCGGGAAGACUCUAGACGAGAUGACGGUCACCAUCCCUCAUGACCUUUAUGUGUUUGGAAGCCAAGAAAACUCUGUGUGUGACCGGGAGUGGGUGGAGUCGCUGCGUGCCUUAUUGAAAGAACAGACGGAACUGGAUUAUAAACCGAUCGCAGUGCAAACUCUGUGGAACAUAAAAAUUGCUGUGUUGGUGAAACCGGAACACGAGAACCGGAUCAGCCACGUGGGAAUGUCCAGUGUCAAGACCGGCAUCGCCAACACAUUGGGGAACAAAGGAGCUGUGGGUGUGUCCUUUAUGUUCAAUGGGACAUCUUUUGGCUUUGUGAACUGUCACCUGACAUCAGGGAAUGAGAAGAUUGCCAGGAGGAACCAGAACUACCUAGAUAUCCUACGCCUGCUGUCGCUAGGAGACAAGCAGCUGAGCUCCUUCGAUAUCUCACUUCGCUUUACACACCUCUUCUGGCUGGGAGACCUCAACUACAGGCUGGAUAUGGACAUACAGGAGAUUUUAAACUACAUUAACAGGAAGGAGUUUGAGCCCCUGCUGAAGGUGGACCAGCUCAACCUGGAGAGGGAGAAGAACAAAGUAUUUUUACGCUUUGGGGAAGAAGAGAUCUCGUUCCCGCCCACCUACCGUUACGAACGUGGCUCAAGGGACACGUAUGUGUGGCAGAAGCAGAAGGCCACUGGGAUGAGGACUAAUGUUCCAUCGUGGUGUGACAGGAUCCUGUGGAAGUCUUACCCAGAAACACACAUUGUCUGCAACUCCUAUGGAUGUACGGAUGAUAUAGUGACCAGUGAUCAUUCCCCUGUGUUCGGCACCUUCGAGGUGGGGGUGACGUCCCAGUUUGUCUCCAAGAAAGGUCUACCAAAGUCUUCAGAGCAGGCCUACAUUGAGUUUGAGAGCAUUGAGGCCAUAGUGAAAACGGCGAGCAGAACCAAGUUUUUCAUCGAAUUCUACUCCACUUGUCUGGAAGAGUUUAAGAAGAGUUAUGAGAACGACAGUCAGAGCAGCGACAACGUCAACUUCCUGCGUGUGGGCUGGUCCAACAAGCAGCUGACGACGCUCAAACCUCUUCUCUCAGAGGUGGAGUACCUGCAGGACCAACACCUGCUGCUCACUGUGAAAUCCCUGGACGGAUACGAGUCCUACGGAGAGUGUGUGUUGGCUCUGAAGUCUAUGAUUGGCAGCACACCGCAGCAGUUCCACACCUACCUGUCCCACCGUGGAGAGGAAACAGGAAACAUCAGGGGGUUAAUGCGGGUCAGAGUCCCCUCUGAAAGGAUGGGAACCAGGGAGGGACUCUAUGAGUGGAUCAGUGUGGACAAGGAUGAGACGGGUGCCCCUAAAGGGAAAUCCACUUUGGCAUCCAGAGUGGGACAUGAAUACAUAAAGGAACUGCAAAAAAGCUGA